AGGUGAAAAAUGGCCUUUAUCAUCCUUUAGCUCAUUUGACAGCGGACUUGAUGGUCAACGUGCCGAUUUGGUUUCUCCUUGCUCUUGCUGCGAUCGUCCCAUCCAUUCUGAUUCUGGACUCACCUGCCACCAACAUGCUGGAAAUGUGGCUGCUCUUGGCUGCUUACAUCGGCUUCAAUGACACCUUCGCACAGCUUUGCGGCACGUUGCGCGGUGGCAGCGCCAUGGGAAUCAUGCUCUUUCUGAUGCAGACGAUACUGAACAUGAUCUUCAAUGGAACCUUACUGGCUCAUGCUGACGAGGUUCCAUGGGCCAUGCGGUGGCUUUUUUCGGUGGUGCCCUCGAAGUACACCUUUCGCAGCGGUGUGAAGCUUGAGUUCGAUGGCUUGGUCUUUGAAGGCUUCGCGCAGUGCUCUGAUCCCAGCCUUCCCGUGGCUGUUCGGGCAGUAAUGCCUUGUUGGGGUGAAGCAGGCCUCGAUGUGGUAGCAGCUUUGGCAGGGCAGAUGUUUCCUGUCCUGGAUGGAGACUUCACCUAUGUGGAAGAUCUUUUGUUCAUCCUGGGCGCACUGGUGACGUUGAAGUUGGUGCAUGGACUACUGAUGCUACGGGCAUACCAUGGCUGCUGCAAUUGCAGGCGCCUUCGCGCCUUCGCGAGGAGAAGAAGUCCAGAGGACAUGAUGAGUCCCUCAGAGACCCGACGACAUCGACGAAUUUGAGGCACUGAGUGACGGGCAUUCUUAGAUGCAUUGAAUUUGAUAGGUGGCAUGAACUUUUGAGCGUCCUGCGUUCACCCCUACAGCCGGGGGAGGUGCAGGAAAAAUGUUUUGAAGGCCUGAGCCUCAACCGUAGCAGCCGUAGCAAGCCAGGUGGGGCCAAACAAGAGGCUAAAUGUACAGAGGAUGAGUGCUUGAGGAGUGGGUCAACGUUACCCACGCGAUCAUUUUUGCUGGGCGGACCAGCCGCCAUUGCUUGAUAUGUCGAUCCACCUCUCACAAAGUCUGGGCGGAUGGAGCGUCACGGCCUUGGCUUCGGAGUCGCCAGCUUCCCGAAUGGGAAGUGACAUGGCUUUGACUCAAAUGAGCAAAA